AUGUUCCAACAAGGCCUCCGAAUCGCCAUGGGCUGCGACGACGCCGGCGUAGGCUACAAGAACAAAAUCAAGGCCGACCUCGAAGCCGACCCGCGUGUCGCAAAAGUCAUCGACGUCGGCGUCAACGACUCCUCCGACAAGACCGCAUACCCACACCCCGCUGUCGACGCAGCCAAACUCAUCAAGAAAGGCGAGGCGGAUCGUGCGUUGUUGAUCUGUGGGACGGGGUUGGGAGUGGCUAUAAGUGCGAACAAGGUGCCUGGGAUCAGAGCUGUCACGGCGCACGAUAGUUUUAGCGUGGAAAGAGCUGUGUUGAGCAAUGAUGCGCAGGUGUUGUGUAUGGGGGAGAGGGUUGUCGGGGUGGAGUUGGCCAGACGGUUGGCGAAGGAGUGGGUGGGUUAUAAGUUUGAUCCGAGUAGCGCGAGUGCGAAGAAGGUGGAGGCUAUCAAUGAGCAUGAGAGGAAGAACUUCGAGUUGUCGUGA